UAUAUGAUCAGUUAUUUAGUUGAUCACCGGCCACUCUUCUUCCUGAUCUGCAGAGCUGCAGUCUCAGUCUGUCCUGCCGUCCAUACAGCAACAGCAACGCAGGACUACAGGAGAGGUCGUAGCACUCUCGGUUUGUGCCGAUUGGAUCCAGAAAAUUCAAGAUCCAAAUUUAAUCCGGAAGCGAGACAAUGUCAGUGAGCCAUGGCGAGGAGCUCGAGAUAUCGCCGUGCGACCCGAACUCCGAGGAUGACCGGCGGCGGCGCGGGAUGGGGUCGUCGCUGCGGCGGAAGGCCAUCCGCGCGCUCCGGAAGCGCGGCGGGCGGCGGCGGCGCCGCCGCGUCGACUUCCGGUACCCGGCCGCCAUGUCCAUCGAGGACGUCCGCGACGCCGAGGAGGAGCUCGCCGUCGCCGCGUUCCGCGACCGCCUCGCCGUGCACGCCCUCCUCCCCGACAAGCACGACGACUACCACAUGAUGCUCAGGUUUCUGAAGGCAAGAAAGUUUGAUUCGGAGAAGGCGAUGCAAAUGUGGGCGGAGAUGCUGCGAUGGAGGAAGGAGUUCGGAGCCGACACGAUCUUGGAGGAGUUCGAGUUCGAUGAGCUCGACGACGUGCUCCGGUACUACCCUCAGGGCUACCAUGGCGUCGAUCGGGAAGGCCGGCCGGUGUACAUCGAGAGGCUCGGCAAGGUGUAUCCCAACAAGCUGAUGCAGAUCACCUCGGUGGACAGGUACAUCAAGUACCAUGUGCAGGAGUUCGAGAGGGCUUUCAGGGAGAGGUUCCCUGCCUGCACAUUGGCGGCCAAGAGGCACAUUGAUUCCACAACCACCAUACUGGAUGUCCAUGGCGUGGGGCUGAAGAAUUUCUCAAAGACUGCAAGGGAGCUUGUUCACCGGAUGCAGAAGAUAGAUAGUGAUUACUAUCCUGAGACAUUACAUCAGAUGUAUGUAGUGAAUGCUGGCAGUGGCUUCAAGCUGAUAUGGAACAGUGUGAAAGGGUUUCUUGACCCAAAAACUUCUUCAAAGAUUCAUGUUCUUGGUACAAACUACCAGAGUAGACUUCUUGAAGUAAUUGACAAAAGUGAAUUGCCAGAGUUUCUUGGCGGUUCAUGUACAUGCAGUGAAGGUGGUUGCCUUGGUUCUAACAAAGGGCCGUGGAAUGAUCAUGUCAUUUUGAAGCUGAUACACAGUAUGAGGAGCAGUAGUAGUAUGAGGGAAAUCAAGCAAGUUUCUGAUAGCGAAGACAGGAGCGGAUCUUCCCUAAGGGCAGAAAAAUUGAAGGGGAUGAUGAGUGAUAUAUCAAAUGCUGAAUCAGAGUCAGAUGUUGAUGAGUUCAGUUUAUCAGCUGUCCUGAGGAGUACUGACUACAGUUUCCUUACUCCAGUUAGCGAAGAAGUUAAGGGAUCAGAUUCUUCAACUUUCUGUAGUUGUGAGUCUUGUGACAGGAAGGGUCUCCCAGAUGUAACUCCUGAAUCUUCUCAGUCUGUACAACAAUCUUCUGAAAUGGUGCCAAACCAACUGGUCUCUCAUGAACAUUCAUCCACAACCAGAUGGAUGAAUAAUUUAGGGAACAUGGCAAUUAGUUUUCAUGGCACUCUGACUGGAAGGACUUUGAGCAAUUUCGUUAGAGUAGUAGGCACACUCAUGAUCAAGAUACUAGCCGUUUUCAGCCUUUUUGUCAGUAGAAGAGGAAACAUGCUAGAGAAUGUUCAUCCUUCUAAUGUAGAAGAUGAACCUCAGCCUCGAAGUGCAACGGAAGAUAACAUGAGUGCUUGUUUACAACGUCUUGAAAAACUUGAAUCAUUAUGCAAUCAUCUCAUGAGCAAACCUCCAGAUAUGCCAAAGGAGAAAGAGUGUCUACUGCUACAAUCGUUUGAUCGGAUAAAAACCAUCGAAUCGGAUCUAGAAAGGACUAAAAGAGUAUUGCAUAUGACCCUGGUCAAGCAGAUGGAGAUGAUGGAGACCUUGGAAGCUAUGCAACAUCACUACCAAUCUUCCAGUGUCAGGAGGAGAUUGUGCUGUUCAUAAGUAAAAGACUGCUCUUGUCUGGCUGGCCUUGAGCGACCAUGAAGACUGAAGCUGUAGCCUGAAAACCUUCUGCAAGUGCCAUUUUUGACUCGGAGAUCUUCAGCCCUGUGCAGAGGAAAGAUCAUCGCUCGCUCAGCUCUGUCGCUGGCUUGCUGCAUCGCAGCUUGUGAAUCCGUUUUGGUAGCUGUUAAUCUCAACAAUAAUCCCUUUUUUGCCUCCCUGAACAUUACCAAUAGCAAGAUCAGUGAUGCAUCUGUCAGCUGCUGUAGCUCUCUGCUCUGAAUUGGAGGAUUGAAGGGAGAAUCUGUUGUUACAUUGUCUGAAUUUUUGUGAUCCAUAUGCUGAAAGGACGUUUCAUGGCGGCUGUGCUUCUUCC